GACUGAGGGGAAAGUGCAUACGCUGAUCCUUCGAGAGGCUAUAAAAGCUCUCGGAAUCGUCGAAGUAAUGAAUCUAUUUUCUCAUCAGCGAAGAUGUUACCUCAUCUGAGAAUGUUGUACAACGCCUGCGGGCUCGCUUUUUUGUUGAUGUUAGCACAGUCCGCUCAAUCGCAUACCGUCGAGAGCCGUAACAAUGGAGGGGCAGCAAGCGGCCGCCAGCGGAUCAGCCUUAACGCGGGCUGGCGCUUCGAGCGUUUUACGUCCAAUCCCGACGCUCUGUCGUACGACUUGCUAAAGCAAUGGAUUCUCCCUUCGGGUAACGACUUCAUUAGCGGCACGAAGCAUGAGCUUCCCUCGGGGACUCCUCCGGGUGGUAACAUCAGCUAUGUGCAGGAUUCCUUUGAUGACAAAUCCUGGGAGGCCGUUGAUGUUCCCCAUGACUGGGCCAUCAAGGGGCCUUUCAAUGCUCCAGGGAUUUCGGGCGAGAUGGGGCGCUUGCCCUCGAAUGGAGUUGGCUGGUACCGUCGGAGUGUGACGCUUACCGCGCAGGACAUCGCUGCUGGCAGGUCGACCUUCCUAGACAUUGACGGUGCCAUGUCGUACUCGGCUGUGUGGGUCAAUGGUUAUCUCGUCGGUGGGUGGCCAUACGGGUAUAACUCGUUCCGACUGGAUCUCACCGGACAUCUUAAGGCAGGCAGCAACCUGAUUGCAAUUCGCCUCGACAAUGCCCUAGACUCUUCGCGCUACUACCCAGGCGCUGGUAUUUACCGUAACAUUUGGCUUAUCAAGGCCGAUGCAACACAUGUGGGCCAGUUCGGCACGUUUAUCAGGACACCAGCUGUCUCCAAGAAAUCGGCCUCUCUUCAGUUGACUGUCGAGGUCGAGAAUCAAAGAAGCACUAGCCAAAAAGUCACCAUAAGCACCAAGGUUUAUGAAUAUGACCCACUUACUAAGAAAGCCAAAGGCAAAGCGGUGGGUACAUUUUCAGACGUAACAGUCGACGUUGCAGCGGGAGGCAAAGCAUCCGCAGAUAGCUCAGCAACUGUGAAGAACCCAAAGCUAUGGGGGCCAGCGCCUGCACAGAAGCCGAACAUGCACGUCGCGAUAACAACUCUGUCCGUCGGCGGGAUGAAGAUUGACACCUAUGAGACUAAGUUUGGUAUCCGUUCUGUAGUCCAUGACGCUACUAAGGGUGUCUUGAUCAACGAUGAGGCGGUCCGCAUCCAGGGAACCUGCAACCACCACGAUCUAGGCUCCUUGGGAGCUGCUUUCAACAUCCGUGCCGGUGAGAGACAAUUGCAAAUGCUGCAAGAGAUGGGCGGCAACGCUCUCCGCACGUCGCACAACCCACCUGCACCUGAACUGCUUGAUUUAUCCGAUCGGUUGGGCAUGAUAGUCCUAGAUGAAAUAUUCGACACCUGGAGUACCCAAAAGAAGAGCCACGACUUCCAUUUAAUAUUUCCAGACUGGCAUGAGCCUGAUCUUCGCGCCUUUAUUCGACGUGAUCGGAACCACCCUUCUGUCAUUUCCUGGAGUAUCGGUAACGAGAUUCCAAAUCAGUCAGAUCCAGCCACAGGAAAGAUAGCCCAGGAGCUGCGCAAUAUAGUGCGUGAGGAGGACUUAACUCGGCCGGUGACCCAGGGGAUGAACAACGCCAAGGCUGCGGACCUUACAGCUCAGACGAUGGACAUCGAAGGCUUGAACUACCAGGGCGAAGGCCACGGUGCCGAUACGUCAAGCACAUUCCCAAGCUUCCGUGUAGCUUUCCCAGACAAGUUGAUAUACACCAGUGAGUCGGCCUCGACGGUUAGUUCCCGCGGAAUUUACGUCUUCCCGGUCACAAAAGAAAACAAUGCAGUCUUCGGCCCUAAUUCGGGUGAGGACGUUGAGGCGAGACACCUCAGUGACUACGGGUUAUACGAGCCUUCGUGGGGAGCCUCGCCCGACAAGGUAUUUGCCGCACAAGACGAACACCCAUAUGUUGCCGGCGAGUACGUCUGGACCGGCUGGGACUAUGUCGGCGAGCCAACGCCCUUCGACACCUCGCGAAGCUCCUACUUCGGGAUCAUCGACAUGGCUGGCUUCAAGAAAGAUCGCUUCUUUCAGUACCAAUCGAGAUGGCGCUCUGACUUCCCCAUGGCGCAUAUCCUUCCCCACUGGACGUGGCCCGACCGCGUUGGCCUGGUCACUCCGGUCCACGUAUUCUCGGCUGCAGACGAAGCUGAGCUCUUCGUGAACGGCAAGUCGGCAGGGCGGGUCAAGCCUGCAAAAUCCUCCAACAGAUUCCGAUGGGAUGAUGUGGUCUACCAGCCUGGCGACCUCCGCGUUGUCACCUACAAGAACGGGAAGAAGUGGGCGGUGGAUACCAAGAGGACGGUUGGCAGCGCCGCAAAGCUAGCUAUCUCGGCUGAUCGUUCCGCCAUCGGCCUCGACAACGACCUCUCCUUCAUCAGCAUUGCGGUUGUUGACAGCAAAGGGGAUACUGUUCCACAGGCAAGCAACAGCAUCACCUUUUCCAUUUCUGGCCCUGGCACGAUUGUCUCUACCGACAAUGGCGACCCGACAGAUAUGACUGCCUUCCCGUCUCUGACGCGGAAAGCGUUUAGCGGCCACGCCCUUGCUAUCGUGCGCGCUACGGGCGCGGGAGCUAUUACUGUUUCCGCCACGGCCGACGGUAUUACAGGGGCAAAGGUGACGCUGAAGGCUCGUUAG